CAAAUUUACUCAAUUGUCAGCACAGUGAAAAUUUUAAAUUCCAGUAAGAUGUCUAAUGUAUUAGACGAAAAAUUUUUUUACAACAGUAUGCUCGCCAAGGCAAUGGUGACAUUACUACCACCAAAUGAAAGAAAAAUGAUGAGAUGCUGGUUUGACAAAAUGUUAGAACUGGAUAAAACUGAAAAACAAAAAGAAAUACGAAACGAAUACAUGUGGUUCAUGCUGUUGAUGUUGCAAGUACGAAAAGUGCGUGAACCAUUUAAUAAAGUGCCACCAAAUGUGAUAGGCGAUCUUCGAGAUUUAGUGCCUACAAAAGUAUACGAAGAAAUAUUGGUUGCUAAUGACGAUAAUAUGAUUCUUGAAGAAAAAACGGACGAAAAAAAGGUAUCGUUUGCCCAAUCUGCUCCUGCACAAUUUUUCACUAAUCAACCAAUACCAUGCGAAGGAGUGUACUGCUACAUGUCUGCUUUCAGCGAUAGAUGAUUGUGAAAAUAUAAAUUAUGAUUUUGUUAGAUAUUGUCUAUUAAUACUAAUAAAUUUUUUCGAUAUUGUAGUUGCAAUGCGAAGACAAAACAAUCUUA